AUGGUGUCUCCUAGCUCUGCAAGACUCUCCUCCAUCUCCAAUCACCUUGAGAAGAGACCUCGCGCAGAAUCUGCUGUUUCUUGCAAGACUAUCAAUAUGUCCAAGACUCAAGACCCGAAUCAGUUACCGUGGGAUCCUAGCUGUACGCAGUUUCCUCUGCUGGCCGAUCUUCCGAAGUUGCCUAAUGCACCUGAGGGGGCUGCUUGGGUUUGGGGCGAUGAUGAUCAGUUGGGUAGAUUGAAUCUCUUGACAAAGGAACGGGUCAAGGCAUCAGCAAAGGAGAUUACAACGGGAGAGAUGAUACGGUUGGACCUCCCUCUUGAUGUGCCGGCAAAACCAUCAUUCGAUCGUGAGACAUUCAACCAUCAUAUAAAAACUGUUGUCGAAGAUAUCGUCUACGACGACACAUACACCCUCAAUACCCAGAGUGGCACGCAGUGGGAUGGAUUCCGACACUUCGCCCAUAUCCCCACAAAGACUUUCUACAACAGGACAACAAGCAAAGACAUAGUAGGCCCCAAAGCCAACACAAACUGCAGCAUCCACCACUGGGCAAACCACGGUAUCGCAGGUCGCGCCAUCCUCCUCGAUUACCGCCACUACGCCCAGACCAACAACAAGCCCUACGACCCCUACAAAACCCACGCAAUAACCCUAGCAGAACUGCAAGCCUGCGCAAGGUCUCAAAAGCUAGACCUCCGUCCAGAAUCCCAAGGUGGCGAUAUCCGCAUCGGCGACUUCCUACUCAUCCGCUCGGGCUUCGUGGAACGGUACCAAGAACUCACUCCGGAAGACCGGCAUGCGGCAGCGAGUCGGGCACAUGAUGAUAUUACGUUUGCAGGUGUAGCGCGUGAACCGGCGUUGAGGACUUGGUUACAUGAUUGUUACUUUGCGGGGGUAAUGGGGGAUUCGCCUACUUUUGAGGCUUGGCCGGCUAAGGAGGGAUAUUUGCAUGAGAGUCUUCUAGCGCUUUGGGGAUGUCCUAUUGGGGAGAUGUGGGAUUUGGAGAGAGUUGCGAGGAGGUGUAGGGAGAUGGGGAAGUGGAGUUUCUUUUUGACAAGUGCACCUGCUAAUAUGCCUGGUGGGGUUGGGUCGCAUGCUAAUGCGACUGCUAUUCUGUAG